GCAAUAUGAUCGGAUGUCAGUCUUGGAUGUGGGAAGGAGCCUGCAAAAGGUCGUGCUCCAUGCCACCCGCUUGGGAGUAGCCACAUGCUGGAUAGGACCUGGCACAGAUCAUCAGAGCGUCAUUGCUGCCCUGGGCCCUCGCUUCAACCAAGAAGAGGAUCAUAUCUGUUGCGUCUGCGCACUGGGGUACGCGUCUCGGUAUAUCCCACGCUUCAUCGCCAUUAUGCAGGGCCUGAAGUCGCGCUUGCCUCUCCAUUCCCUCUUUUUCGCGGAUGCUGAGUUCCGCACACCCCUGGAUACCGAUGCACCUCCUUUCCGGCGCUUCGGCCGAUGUUUCGAAGCCUGCCGCUGGGCCCCAUCCUCAUUGAAUGCACAGCCUGUGCGCUGUGUUGGAACACCCGAUGCCAAGCGAUUCGACUUCUACGCUGCAAAGAAUUCGCG